AAAGGAAAGCCUGUUCUGCCUGUUUGCUAUGACUAAUAAACGCCCUAACAUAAACAAAUUGCUUAUAAGUAGUUCGCUAUAUAGACUAACGUUACAACGUUUUUCUUCUGACAUAACGUUACAGCGGCCAUUGAAAAUCUCAUCAUGGACAUCCCCAUCCAGUAUCCCUGGUACCGUCGGGCCUUCCCACAUCGACUCUCUGACCUCGCCUUGGCAGAACCUCUCACUGAUUGGCCACUAAUCUGGCCCUUGCCCUGGUCCUUCCCCUGGAUGCGCCCUUCGUUCACGCGCUGGUUUAACUGGUCCGACAAUGGACACAGUGAGAUGCGCAUUGAAAAGGAUCGCUACGUCAUUUACCUGGAUGUGAAGCAUUUCUCACCUGACGAGCUGUCUGUCAGUGUCAGUGAUGAGUUCAUCACGAUACACGCCAAGCAUGAAGACAGACAGGACGACCACGGAUUUGUGUCCAGAGAGUUUCUGAGAAAGUACAGGCUUCCUGCUGGCGUGUUAAGUGCUGACGUCACCUCCAGUCUGUCAUUUGAUGGUGUGCUUACAAUCACUGCACCUCGGUCAUCUCCUGGCCCAGAGCGCAGUAUUCCUAUUUCCUGUGAAGAUGGAACACCAAAACAGAAAAUGUAGAGCAGAGUCUGACGCUCCUGCCACUGUUUCACUACUAACCCCAAGUGCUGCCUGUUUUUAUAUUUAACCUGUUACAGUUUUGUUGGCAGUUCAGUACACACAGUAGGCGGUGCAUACAAGUCUAGAUGUCUGUAAGUGCAAGUGCCUUCUAAUAAACCGGUAUCUAAAUUCUUACUCAAUGUUAUUCUGAUGUCUCUGUAAGACAAUGGUGCUUUAAAACCAAAGGCUAAUAUGUUGAGCCCAUGUAACAGAGUAGCACACGGGGUGAGGUGCAGGAUAAUGAGAGUUAAUUUCCCUAUCACAAGCCUACAGAAUCACUCUUUAAACCAUACCUCUCGGCCAAAAACGUUCACACCACUGUGCAUGUAAAUGACACAUUAAGGACAUCUAAUCAUAUAUUGAAAGGCAUUUCCUUACUUGGAUCAGGCAUUUGAAUGUUAUAUAAUGUCUGUACUGGCCCUGCAGUUUAGUGACAGAAUUGUAAGCAUUUGUUAAUUGAACCCAAACUAGCUUGCAGAACCUAUUAGUUUGACAGGGAAAUGCUUAAAUGUUUAAGGGAGUGGAAAUGUAAAGACUUCUGCUCAAAAUUGUCCACAGAAGAUGAUAACAGACUAAACUUGUUAAAUUGAAUUGUAUCUACAGUACUCAGUACUGUCUGAGUGGGUAUAAGUAAGAUGCCAACUAUGCUUUGUUUUUUCUUUGAGAAUAGUCUUGGUUUCUGUUUGUGUGAGGAGGAGGUAGUUCUCUGGAGGCAUAUACAGUCAUUUUUAGUUUGUUCACUAAACGAAAAAGCCACCAAAGGACUUGGGACCAGGUGUGUAUUUGUUGAGAGGAAGAAAGAGGGUGAAUGAGGGGAAAGUAGUGGACAUGGGAGGCACUGAUGUUUGGAGACAGACAGCUUUUAUCACUGGGCUCCUUUUCUGCAGGGGAUGCAUGGCCUCUGAGCUGCUAAGGAAAGUAUGUGAAUUUAUGUGAGAGUGAGCUCAUAGAUGCAAGAAUUACAGCUCUAUCAUUCCUUCAUAUUGGGAACAACUCUCUGGCAUAUUAACACAGAAAACAACAAUAGAAUAAAUGUUGGAACUCAAACUCA